AUGAUAUCCCACCGAAGCAAAAAGCCCUCGACACCGUCCGAGAUGACGGCUAUGGUCGCCGCCGCCGUUACACACAGCUUUGAUAUGAUAAAAGAGGACCCGGGAAGUGCCCCCCGAUCCCUUUCUCGUUCCCAUUCGUUCGACGAUCGGUCGUAUGUGCGGUUCCCACUAGGACCUGCACUUGCUCCAGGUGUCCACCUCAACUGGGAUCCACCUGCCCGUCUCCCCCUCGUCACGAGCACAAACCCCAACAGAGACAUCUCCACGGUCUCGAGCCGUAGACUCCACCCAAGCUACCCCCCUCCCCCUCCUGUUCGCUCCAGGGCAUUUUUCGACGUUGUGCUUGCCCCUCCGGUCGACAUACCUGCAAAGAAGACCGAUGCUACACUUACCGAUUUGCAUGCCCCGUCAAAGCCUACCCCAGUGACCUCACGUCGCGCUGCUCCCGCUGGUAGUUCUGGCAAAAAGAAGAAGAAAAAGGCUACCAAGCGCAGAGAGCCCACUCCCGAGCCUGAGUCCUCGUCGUCCGAAGAUGAAUCUGUAUACGACCUCGGGUACGAAAGCAACGAGGAGGAUGUCCCUGCCCCUGCCCGCGGGCCGGUCAAGCUUAUAAAAGAUGGAGAUAUAUUCAACCAACCAGACAUUCCCAUCUCAGAUGUUCGAGAUGACUACUCCCUUAAAACCUGCCUUAACACCCGCAUGCAAUUUGAUCGUGAGUAUUCAAGACACACAAGACCUAUUAAAAAAUUCCUGGCUACGAAGCCCAGCCGGUUUUCAGCGCGGAAUCUAGUGGGGUCUGUGCCAGUGCUGCCAGUACGCAAAUCGAGUCGACUCGCCGCCACUCGCUCUGCCACACCGGCAUCUACAGACAUGGAUUCGGCGACCGAUAUUUCUAUCUCCUUUGCUGCCGGAUCCAGCCGUGCUGUGUCCGUUGCCUCGACGACAGCGACAACCCCACGCAGUCAACCUAGGCCUAAACCCAAGCCCAAAAUACCGCGCUCAAAAUCGACGCCCCGGCUCAGCACUAGUUCGAAUUCCAGCCGGGACCAGUCGACCCCCCAACCUAUAUCUACCAGCAUCGCAUACUCGCCAGACGAUCCACCGCCACCCGCCCCAACAAACCAAUGGUUCCUCGAUUUUGUGGACUGGGUAUUUAGGCAAAACGUGCGCGCUGGCAAGGCCGAAAUUUGUCAGGAUAUUUUCCAGCAGGCUCCACAUCAUCGACUCGAAAGCUGGAAGUCUUACUGGCGGGACCAUAUCUCACAGGUCGAAAUGCUACGAAACCGGGCUCGCGAAAGGUUGGUCAAUCCAGAGGUCAAGCGCAGAACGACGGUUCACCCCUCACGGUCGGCAUCAAUCUCGAGUGAUGGAGUACCAACCCUCGAAAGGGAGGCGAACAGAGCCUCUGAGGGGUUAUGGCAACUUGCCGAAGUGGCCGAGUCGCAGGGCACGACCUUAAACCGUGGUAGGUCGAACAAACGAGUGGCAGACGAUACCACCGCACAGCGAUGCACCAAACGCUCCCGGGCCUAA